AUGUCAUACGGACACCAAAGUUUAUUAAAAGCUUUUCAAAAUCACGUAUUAACUAGAUCGAAAGAAAAAGUACUUUUGGUCCCAAAUGGUGAUAAAUAUGAAGAGGUUAAUUUCCAAACAUUUAAUAAUAUUAUUAAUAAAUACGCUCAUUAUUGGAAAAAGCAGUUUGAGAAUGAAAACCUGGAGAAAAACAGUGUGAUUGGUUAUUUAUCACAAAGUGGACCUGAAUACUUGUACAAU